CGUUGGGUGAUCCUUGAUCUGAAAUGUGGGAUGACAAGCUGGGAAACUACAUUUCCCAGAAUCCCAGAAGCUGUUUACGGUGGUCUGCUGUUGACUCGCUGCUCAAAUAUAAACAUUCCUGGCUGUCAACACACGUUACAUUCACACUCUAGAGACGUUUUCUGUCUGCGCUUUAUUAAAGGCUUAAAAUGGUUUUAGUUCAGCGACCGUUUCCGGGGUUUUAUUUUGAAAUUACUGACGCGCGGAUUUGUUAAAAGUAAAAAGCGAGAGAAAGCGGGCAGAGAGGACUGGGGACGUGACGCACUCCACCCAGCGUGGCGUGUAUUUAGAGCGGGUUCUCCACAAGUCGUGCGAAUGCUUUCCCGGGAUUUUAUUGUGAAAGUCCGCACAGGAAUUUGGCAAAACGCGCUUGGAAACUGACUUGGAGCCUUGAAAUGGGUACGUGGUAGGUACCGAGUGGAAACUUCCACACAGAACUGCCAGCCUUUAAAAGUAAAAGGGAAAAAAAAAAGAAGAAACAAACAAAACAAAAAAGCUGGCGGACGCCGGAAAGACGAGCAGGACGCGGUCACGAUGCUUCCACGCAGGCAGGACUACGGGAAGAGACGGAGCGACGGCGUGCGGAGCGGCUCCGUUAUCGGCUUCCGGAGCGCGGGGAGCCCGGGCUCCGGCCGCCGCGGCUCCGCCGUGCUGCCCUCGGUGCUCACCUUCCUGGUGAUCGUAGCCUCCGGAGGCCUGCUGCUCAUGAUAGAGAAAGGAAUGCUGAACAGCGUGGAGACGCCGUCUCCCCGGGGCAGCGCCAGGCGGCUGGAGCUCCUCGGCGAGACCCGAAAACGCGGCGCAGGCGGCGCCGACGAGGACUCCCAGAUCCUCCAGGAGAUCCGCAACCGCACCAUCAGGACCAUGUGCAGCCAGAAGAACAUGCCCCACAGCAUCUGGUCCCUGAGCCCCCUGCAGAGGAAGACGGUGCUGCAGCACAUCCUGGUGAAUGACGAGUACCGCUUCCUCUACUGCUACGUGCCCAAAGUGGCCUGCUCCAACUGGAAGAGGGUCCUGAAGGUCCUGAGCGGAGCCUUGGAGAGCGUGGACGUCAACAUCAAGAUGGACCACCGCAGCGACUUGCUGUUUUUAUCCUCUCUGAAGCCGGAGGAGAUCCGCUACCGCCUCAAGCACUACUUCAAGUUCAUGUUCGUGCGGGAGCCCAUGGAGCGGCUGCUCUCCGCCUACAGGAACAAGUUCGGGGAGAUCGAAUCCUACCAGAAAAAGUACGGCGCGGAGAUCGUGAAGCGCUACAGAAAGGGCGGUGCCAAGGAUGCGUCCGUGACGGGAGACGACGUGACCUUCGGAGAGUUUGUCCGCUACUUGUUAGACGAGGACGUGGAGCGCAUGAACGAGCACUGGAUGCCCAUUUACAACUUGUGCCAGCCCUGCGCCGUUUCUUAUAACUUCAUAGGCUCUUAUGAGCACCUUGGAAGGGACUCGGAGUACGUGCUCCAGCGCAUCGGCGCGCCGCCGUUUGUUCACUUUCCGGAGAGGCAAACGUGGUACAAGCCCGUCACCACACAAACGUUACACUACUACUUGUGCACGUUGCCGCAGAAGCUACUCAGGGAACUCCUGCCGAAGUACAUUUUAGACUUUUCUCUGUUUGCUUACCCCCUCCCAAACACAACCUCUGAGCACUGCCGACAUUAAUAGAUGUUCCGUUUCCUGGUUUAAGUGUUUAUAUAUAUAUAUAUAAAUUCAUUUUAUAUUAUUUUUAUUCCUAAGGAAAAAAAACUAUUUUGAGAGACAGUAAACAUGUACUUCUGAUGUCACACCAACCACUAAAGCUUCAAAAAUGAAGAGGAGAAAAAUGUCACUGAAACUUGAACUGUUACAGCAAAUCGGUCACAAUAGACGAAAACACAGUUUCAGCUAAAGUUCAUUACUGGCAAGAAUCUUAGUACUUUAGUUAUUUUAAGUAGUUUGAACUGUUGUUAUUGUCAGGUUGGAAUGCUGAAGCAACGUUCGGCUUGAGAGAAAAAUCAAACAAACGUAAUAUAUUUUCUGUAAACCGCUAAUAAUCUAGCUGCUUAGAAUCAACCAGCUGGAUUUGCCCGUUCUUUUAACUUGGUGUUAAAGUGGUUUUCUAGCACCAACCUGAUCAUUAACAUCGUCUGAAAACUAUCAGUAGGGCUGAAGUUGGAUUGUUGUACUGUGAGAAUACUCGCAUAUCUUAAUUUCAAACAAUUUGCUGAUUUGAGGUGAAGUUUGAAGGUAGUUCACCUUUCAUCUGUAAUCCACCUAAUUUGUGCAACACACCAAUACCCUUCAAAAUUUCUCUAUCGUUACUGAUAAGAGGACCAGCAGUAUACCAGAACCAACUUGAAGGCUAUAUAUACCCUGUUGCCAAGGUGCAUCUUGUUAAGAGACAUUUGACCAAAUAUUAUGGGAUGCAUUUUGUACAAUUGUGAACAUGUUUAGAUUAGAAGAAAAAAAAAAAAACCCUAAAAGUUUAGAUUUUUGGCACCUAAUUCUGUUCUAAAAUUAAUUUCGGUGCAUGUUGUGUUGCCAAAAACUAAAUUACAGAACUUUUACAAUUUUAAGUCAAUCUAAUGUCCUAAUCUGUCCUAAUCUUGGACAGCGAUGUCCCUCCCCUCUUAACUUCUCAUGGAGCAUUAAACUAUUUACCAUCUAAUCAAACUGACAAACUUUUUUUAUCAUAAUGUACACCAUUUCUUUUUUGUAUUAUAUAUUUUUAAAAUCCUUUUAUUUUACAAAUAAUUUAUUAAAAUAUAUAUAUAAAAACAAAAGUAUUAAGUAUAAUCCACAAUACUCAACAUUUCAAUACUGAAGUGCUUGAGGUUAGGAAUGCAAUUCAUUUUUAGACAUGUUUGAUCUGUGAAUGUACCUGAUGCCAACGGCGUGUAAGUCGAGUUAGAAUAGAAAAAAAAAAGUUUCACAGCAGCUUUUUUCCCCAUAUCCUGAGACAUUGUUUAAGUAAACUUUAGCACCAGCGAGGUAUGCUGCAGGCUACUUCAUGCCAUGGUCUGUGGAAGCCUUCAUACUUCAUGUCCAGACUUAAACUUCAAGUGUUUAUCUGACUCACUGCAACUUCACUUGUCGUUAGCCGUUAAUCCUUGAAGCUAACACUCCUAAAAAGGAGAAAGGGGAGGGGGACGAAAGAAAGGGUUGCAGCAUUUAGGGUUUAAACAUAAUAAAAAUGUGUCACUUGCAAUUUGAAACAAUGGAUGUUAUGUAAAAAAAAAAAAAAAAAAAAGUUUAUGACCUUCAUCCUGAUCAAACCAUACUUGUCUGAGUGUUCAUGACUUCGGAGGACGGAGCGUUCCGCUGACGUGUAGUGAGAGCCGCUGGAUGAGUUCUGGAGAGGCGAGCUUUGCAGAGACGAAAAUGACAAACCCUGUCUGCGCAUCUCCUGAACCGCUCUUUCACUGACGAGAGAGGGACAAAGCCACAAAUGUUAGGAUUAAACCUUUAAUCUCCAUUCAUUUACAUUCUUGUUCAUGGGGCUGCAGGUACAGCAAUGCUGAACCAAACAUUACGAGCCAAAUAUUAGAAUCUACAAGUAUUAAAAUCUAUAGAGAUUAGUAAAUUGGGUGAUUGUCAAAAACUAUAUUUGAGAUGUAUUCAUUUAACUUCUGACUGACCAAACUAAAUUUACAGAUAACAUUUGAGGGGGAAACCCCCCCACCCAUUUUCAACAUAUAAUAUUUAAUAAAUAAUACAAAAAUAGACCCAUUUUGCAUUUAAUUAAUUCAACACAGUGAGAAAGUACAAACCUAAGAAAUCCCUAAACAUUUACAUCAGGAUCGCCCAAGAUGAUCCAUUUUAUGUCUCUUAAAAUACAUCAUGCUUUAUGCAUCUACAAGUUAAAUGAACUUUUAUACUGAAUGUAGAAUUUUUCUGCAUGAACUAAUGAAACUCCAAUCCUGGACAAUAAACACUCUUCAACUUGUAGAAACAACAGCAGGACUUCUCCCACUUCAAUGUAAACAGGGAUUUGUCAGUGAGGUCAAAAUCUAAACAGCGUACUUCUCCAAAUAGAACAGUGAUGCUUUUCUAGAUUCCCCUCUUUAAAAGUGAAAGUUAAAAUAAUCACCUAAAAAUUCUUUUUUUUUUAAUUCACACAAUUGCAAGAAAAGUUCAGACUUUUAUUUUUGUAAAAGUUUUCACACAUUUCCUGUUAGAAUUCUACAUUUUCCAGGAUAAAAUCUUCAAAGCAUUCUGCGCUUUUUAGUCAUUUUUAAAGUAGGAGUAAAGGAGGCUCGCUAUAAAUGUACGCCAGAUAUUCUUGCAGUGGUCAGGAUGAAAAAAAGAAAACUGAUCAGACAGGUAAAAAAGUGAUGGACGGACUGACUGCUUCAAAAGCAGAUGGAUAAGGUCGACUUGAGAGACAUAUAGAUUAAUUGGAUGACAACUGAUAAGAAAAAUUGAUUGAAAACAAGGAUGGAUCAACAUACACGACGGAAACAUUUAGAUUUCCAAACCUGAAAAAUACUCUUAUAAAAUUCCAAACUUUUCCAGGCUGUGUUGGGAGUUCUUUUUUUUUUAGUAAGUUUCAAUACUGAAAUAUUACUUCCAAGUGUUAGCAGAUGAUGCGACAGUGAAAGUUUUUCUCCCCCCCAAUAUAAAUAAACUCACCGUUCAAAGCG